GGCUCGCGUUAAGACCUACGAGGCGGAGAAGAAAUUGCAAAUUUUACAAAACAAGCACAAUCAUCCUGCGUACAUGGAUCGGCGACGCAAUGGGGCACUGCGAAGCUUGCUAAAUGCGCGCAAGCAGUUGUCGAAAAAAAACUAAAAUAGAACAAAACUCCCCAACGAACAUCAAUAAGAAGAUUCCAAUAGAUAAGAAGAUUCAAAAAAAAGUGAACGAAGCUGUUCCUAAAACGACAACUACCCGAGGAAAGCGUGAAUUGGAGCAAGCAAACGAUCCCUAUGGUUACAACUCGCGUGGCAACUUGAUGUACCAAAACUACAGCUUUUCGAAGGCCAGCAGUAACGGGAUGGCUAACAUCAUCUACUGGCGAUGCACCGAGUAUCGUAAGCAAAAGUGUCGCUCGACGUUAAAAACGAUGGGCAAGCAGCUGUACAUUAUCGAUGCGAAACACAAUCACGUACCGAAAAAGUAUGGCCACAUCAUGUCUGCCACAUUGCCAAUCUUUAAUUGUCUUCCGGAGGACGGCGGCGAAAUGGAGAGCAUAUCUGCAGAUAAAAAUGUUAUUAAAUAAACACAGAAUUCAGAUUAAACGAGUGA